GACGCUUGCGCCGCCACUCAUCGGCGGCUAGCCGGUGUUACUGCGACAACCCUAACAUUUCUCCUUCCUUCGUCUUCUCCAACAUGGCUUCUCGCUGUAGAUCUCUCUCAAGACCAACGCUUUCUCUCCUGAAAGACUCCUUCAUCAAACCCACCCUUAAACCCAAACCUGCAUCUUCUCUUCUGACCACCAGCUCUUCUCCCACAUUUUCAAGGCCAGUUCCUCAGUUGGGUUCUCUUCAGUCUCUGCUUCCUCUCCACUCAGCGGCAUCUUCAGCUCCGCUCACCUUGUGCCUCGGCAUUGAUUUCCGGCGUUCGAGAUCGUUGUCUCAGGGCAGGUCUCAGCGUGCCUCGAUAAGAGAUUAAGAUAAACGAUGUUCCUUCUUCUGGUGGCCUUCUGAUUAUCUUACAGCAUGUAUAUGCCAUGCAUUACAUCACAAAUAAAAUCUACUGUAUUUGCUGAUCAAUCUACCAUUGCUUCAUGACUAGAGGUUAUGGAUGGAGAUUAAUCCUAGUUACUGAAUUACACAUCUUUUAUGUCAUCUAAAUGGAGACAAGAUCAAAGAUUUUGGUAUGGUUCCACAUGUCUAGGUGGACUGAACUGAAGUACAUGUGGGAAAAUGACAAGAGGACGAUCAGAUUUCAGAUAGCAUCGUCUGUCUCCCCUUUCUCUGAAAGUAGCUUUGGCCAUGGCGCCUCUGUGUCUCCGUUUCAAGAAUACCUUUGCAUGUGGACUUGAUCGCUCUUUCUGCCCUUCAGAACGCAUUAUUGUACUUUUCCUAUUUCUUUAUCUCCCCUUAUCGACGUGUCUAUGAAAAUAUCCAUG